UAAUCAGUCUCUAAAGAGCACACGUUAUAUAGCAGCUUCCUUUUUGCGAGGCUGAGCUAUUCUAGCUGCUUUUGAGUCGAACAUGGUCCUGGGGCUCUUUUUAAGAGUUUCUUGUAUCUGCCUGUUCUUUGGUGUUGGCACCUGUCUUCCUGCAGAUGUGUCUGACACUGAAAGUAGACCUGAUUCUGGCUCCAUACUUCAAGAACAUGGAGAGCCUAACAUAACUUCCUCAAGCAAAACUAUAUCGUCCAUCUUGGCAAACCUCGAGAGUGAGGAGUCACCAACUGGAAAUCAAUCGGCAUCCAGCCCUGAAGCUUCCAGUCGAGAUGCAGGGCCCCCACCUACACAUGAACCAGACAGGAUGGAUGCAAAUUCUGAUUCCAACUCAAACUCAACCACCGAUGCUGCUAUAGCGCCACCUAGGUCAUUUUUUGAUGGCUCUCUGAUGGGCUUGGGGAAGAAAAUUAUUGAUCUUUCUAUGCAGCCAAAGUCGGUUCCAAGUGCUGGAAGUUCAGGUGCAGCAUCAUCCAGUCCCUGGCAUAGACCAUUUUUUCUUGAGGCUACAUACACUCCUUAUGGUCAUGGUGGCAGUGACCAAGAUAAAUUUCCUUUGUAUGGCGAAGGGGGCUAUGGUCAAGGCGGACUUCCUGGCUAUGGUCAUGGGGUUGAAAGCCAUGGGGGUGGCGGAUAUCCUAGCUAUGGCCAUGGGGCCAGUGGAUAUCCUGGCUAUGGCCAGGGGGGUGGCAGAGAUCCUAGCUACGGGCACAAGGCCAGUGCCCAAGAGGGGCAUCCUAGCUACAGCCUUGGGGGCAGCGGCCAUGGGGACAGUGGGCAUCCUGGCUAUGGCCUCGGGGGCAGCGGCCAUGGUGGACACUCUGGCUAUGGCCUGGGGCACAAAGGCCAUGGGGGCAGUGGCCAAGGUGAGCGUCCUGGCAGUGACCAAAGCAGACACUCUGGCUAUGGCCUCGGGGGCAGCGGCCAUAGGGAUGGUGGGUAUCCUAGCCACAGCCUAGGGGACAGCAGCCAUGGCGGACCUUCUGGCUAUGGCCUUCUGGGCAGCGGGCAUCCAGGCAGUGACCAAAGCAGAUCCUCUGGCUAUGGCCUCGGAGGCAAAGGCCACUGGGGAAGUGGCCAAGGUGGGCAUCCUAGCAGUGACCAAAGCCGACCCUCUGGCUAUGGCCUUGGGGGCAGCGGCAAAGGAGACGGUGGGUAUCCUGGCCACAGCCUAGGGGGCAGCGGCCAAGGUGGGCAUCCUGAUGGUGACCAAGGCAGAUCUUCUGGGGCACAAGAAGGCCUUAGGGGCAGUGGCGACAGUGGCCAUUAUGACAGUGGCUACGGGGGCAGCUAUCCUGGCAGACAUUCUGACCACAGGAGCAGUGGCCAAGGUGGACCCUCAGGUUAUGGCCACUGGGGUAGAGGUUCAUCUCUUUUUCCUGGAGGGAUAACUUUAGAAUUGGUGGUCCUGGGAAAUGAGUUGACUAGGUUUCGUCAAAUGCCAUUAACAGAUGCCUGGCGGACUGCUGAGGUCCCCAAAGAUAUGAUUUCAAAACUGCCUUUUAACCCCUUAUCUCAUACUGUCCUCUUCAAUGGUGGCUACCUUCGAGAAAGGGACUUCCGGUCAGAUUCUAAAUAUGCUCAAAAUGCUUAUAACCACAUUCAUGCACCUGAACUGCAACUGGAGAGCCACCCAAAUGUUGAGCCUCAAGUUCAGAGGAAGUUCUGAGAAUAAACUUGGCAUUUUGGCACCAGU